AUAACAGUGAUCCAACAGUAUCACCUUAUCAGGACCUCAAGGUAAUUGGCUUGUUCAAACGCAAGCAAACAGUACAGCAUGGAGGAGAAAAUAGUGACGCGUGCCGAUUGUGACGUGGUGAUCGCCAAGUGCAUCAGCAGCGACAAAUUCGAGGUGGUAAACUUUAAAGUGAAGCCAUUUGAAGACAAGGAGCGGGAGUAUUACAAGCCGGAUUGUGUGUUGGAAGUGAGCGCCAAAGUAGCCAAGGCAAAAAACAUCGCCAGAUUCCGCUUCUUCUUGAAGAAGUUUGCAAAGCCCGCGUCUCAAUCGCCCAAAGCUUCGGAGCGCGAACUCUUCUUCUACGAGGUCCUCCUGCCGAUGCUAAGUCAGGGUCUGGACGGCUACGAAACGGACUUCGUAGCGCAAUACCUACAUGGGAAGAUUGGCCGAAUGAUGAUCCUCGAAGACAUGUCGUUGAAGUUCUUCACUUUGGCAAAAAAAUCCAACCCGCAUAUGUUGGAUCGUUUUCAUCUGAGUCUGGCUCUAAAGGCCAUCGCCAAGUUGCAUGCCGGCUCUUUGCGCUUUGAGGGCACCCAACAAGGCUCUGCAACGCCCAAGAUGUUUGAUCCUAGUGCCUUGCUGUCGCAAGAGCUUUAUUGGGUUAAACCUUCAACACCUCAGCCCCCAGGGCCCCUCCAAUCCAGCCUCAAGGGCCUGGAAGCGUUACUCAAAGAGUUCAAAUUGAAGGCCGAUUUGGCCGGUCUGCUUCAGCUCACCUUUGAUAUCAUGCGGCCUCAAACAACGUACCGCAAUGUGCUGGGCCAUGGCGACCUUCACACGAAGAAUUUGCUGUUCAAGUACGAUAAGACGAAGAUACCAACAGAUUGCGUGCUGUUGAACUUUGGGUUCUGCCGCUACUUUCUGCCUGCCUAUGAUGUGCUAACGUUGAUCUUCCGCAGUACCACUCGCUUGUUUCGACAGCACUACUUUACCUAUCUCAUUGAGUACUACCAUGACUGUCUUCACAACGAGCUGAUCAAGCAAGAAGGGCUGCACAUAGACCAAUUCCUGCCACUCGAAGACUUCAAGCAGUCCAUCAACUUCUUAAUGCCGGCCAUCAAGCUGCAAACUGUGCUGCACUUGGAGGACUUCGGGGCCAAGCCCGGCUUCUACAAGCUUCUGCAGAAGAACGCCGCUCUUUAUGAAGAGUACUUGUACGAAGACAAAUCGCCUUUUAUGCUGGACUUGAUCAAGAAAGACCCCAUUUUCAAGGAAUCGAUGGGCGAGGCCUUGGAAGAACUGCUGGAGACGGUGAAAUUUCCUCAAGUAAGCCGGGAGAAUUGCUACGAAGUCCUCGAGACUUAUUUGCAGACCACAUUGUAUGAGUUAAAAGGCUUUGCCUUGGCUGCGCUUGGUGAUGCUGAAGAAACCUUGAGGCUAACCAUGGAGGUGUCGGACGGUUCAAAGGAAGGUGCCAUUGAGAAGGUGAACUAUCUAGUGCAGUGCGGUGCGAACAGACUGUUUACGGUACUAAAGCAUGUAGAAGAAGCUGAAUAAAACGGUCCAUACUUAUUUAUACCUAUAAA